CCGUGUCAACUACAUCGUGCGCACCUACGCCGGGCGCAAGCGGCUCCUGCUGCAGCCUACGAACCUCCACCCUCCGAACCCUGCCUGCUUUGUCUGCAACCGCUCCAGCCUGGACGUGGUCUUGGACACGGAGGCCAGCACGCUCAGCUUCCUGGUGGAGAAGGUCUUGAAAGGCUCCCUGAGCUUCGCCCAGCCCACCAUCACGCUUCGAGGUACCAACAUCAUCUACGAGGAGGGCGAGGACGCGGACGAGACCAUGGCGCGUCGCAACCUCCCCCUGGCCCUCGCCUCGCUCCCUGCGGGGGGCAUCCGGGAUCAGAGCACUGUCGAAGUAGACGACGUCUCCCAGGACCUGACCCUCCAACUUCACGUCUACCACAAGCGCUGGGAGGGCGGGCCGGAAGGGGCGGGGCCUCCGCCGGAGGGUUUCCUCCUGGGCGGGAGCGCGAAAGAAGCCCUGAAAGGAGCGGCGGCCGCGGCGGCAGCGCAAGCCACCGAGCGCCAGAGGGCACAGCAUUUGUAUGCGGCGGAAGAGGAGGUGAAGAGUACGUUGAGGGUCCAGGUGAACAGGAAGCGGGGGGGGGAGGCCAGG